AUGUACGGCCCCGCCUUCGACGCUUCCCAUGACUAUGAACACAUCCAGCGCGUCGUUGCGCUCGCUCAUCGCAUCUACACGGCGCAUGAGAAGGAUGAUUGGACACGCGGAAUCGACAAGACAGUUCUCUAUGUCGCAUGCAUGGUGCAUGAUGUGGGCGAUAGCAAGUACCACGUGCGUUCCGAAGGCGAUGAGCGGGAUCAAGAGGAUAUCAUCCGCGACUUCUUGAAGGAGAUUGGCUGUGCUCCGAAGAUUUGGGGGCCUGCUGCUUUCAUUGCGGCCCGUGUGCCGUUCUCUCGUGAGCUCGAGGAGCCGGUGCAGAUCAAGAAGAACGCUGAUAGCUUCCCGGAGUUGCGCAUAGUUCAGGAUGCGGACCGACUUGAUGGACUUGGUGCCAUUGGCAUUGGUCGCUGCUUUGUCUUCGGAGGCAUCAACGAGGAGCGUCGUAAGGGCAGCAUUCAGGCCGGCGUUGAACUCCACUAUGACCGUUUUGAGAAGUACCUCGAGCUUAUGAAGACGGAUACGGGCAAGCGUAUGGCCAUGGAGCGCUUGGGUUUCAUGGCCACGUUCCGCGAGCAGUGGUUCGAAGACACAGACUGUGGAGCGGUCUUGUAA